AUUUCUAGAAGAAGAGAUUCAGAGAAGCGGGAAAACAAACUCACAAAACAAUUCCCGCUCCCCUCCUACUCCUUUUCACUUUCUCUCUCAUCCUCUUCCCAUUUCCACACUUCACUUCUCACGUUUCUCUCUCCUCCUCCAACCGCCGAUCCAAAAUGUCUCCGCCGGAACCACCACCGCAACUCGACGAUCCAACUCCACUCCUCGAAGACCAAUCCUGGCACCUCCUCUCUCUCCUCCUCCAGAUCGGCCAUCCCGUCGACGCCGAGUAUCUAUCCCUUCGUUGCCGCUUCUUCAACGCUUCGCCGGAUUUCAUCCAUUACGUUGCUUCACUUCCUGAUUCUCCUCUCUCCGUUAACAGUAACGGAUUUCUAACUCCUUCCGUUGAAGCUGCUUUGGCCCUGGCUAGGUUUUUCUCAUUUCAGUUCCAAAAUUCAACUUCGUUUCAAUCCCGUAAGCGCAAGUCAAUUUGCUCAAUCACUGAAGGUGGAAGAGAUCCGAAACGGCUUGCAAUUGGUGAUAAAGUUCCGGAAAUUUUCGUCAAGAGUUUUGCUGAUACUACUGCAGAGGCUUUUAUGAGAAGAAAUUUCUGUGCAAUGAAAUUUGAGUCUCGGUUUGUAAAUGGUGGGAAUUAUAUGAUUCCUAUACGUAUUGAUUCAAUUGGAGAGUGUUCAGGUUGUUCAGAACCGAAUUUCAAAUACAGGGAAGCUGAUAAUGACGGCAUAACAAGCAUGGUCAAAGGAGAGAUAUCUGGCUCUCUUAUCAAAGCCAAUGAGAGUUUCUUCAUUAGUGAAAGUGACUCGAGGAAGCUUGAGGGUCUAGAUAGAUUCGUGGGACAUAAUCCCUUUCCUAAUCUUGCUCCAACUAGUGUCCAAGAUCAAUCUUUGUGUAAUGAUGGUGAUGUUGUUGGUAUUGGAUCAGAGAACAAAAUGGAUUGCUUUGACUCAUUUGGGAAUGAAUAUCCUGAACAAAACAUAACCACUAUUGUGGAUGGUGAAAAUGUUUGUCGAAAUAAUACUUGUAGAGAUUCACUACUAGAAUCUAAUGAAAUAAAUAAAGAAGAGGAAAGAGGUCCAAAGGAAGGAUUGGUUAAUUAUCAGAAUGAUAGAGAGAUGGAAGAUGUUGCUCAAAGGGUCGAUCCUGUAGCAUGCGGAGAAGAUCCGGAAGAAGUUUUGGAAUUGGAAAAGGGUAUAAUAAGAGAAUCUAUUGAAAAAUAUAAAGAGGAAAGAGGUUUGAAGGAAGGAAUGAUUAACUAUGACAAAAAUAAAGAGAUGGAAGAUGUUGCUCAGAGGGUCAAUCCUGUAGUAUGUGGAGAAGAGCCAACAAAAGUUUUGGAAUUGAAAAAGGGCAUGCAUGUAUUAGAUUUGGAUACAAACAAGACAGUGAGAAAAAUGGUGACCCGGUCUACAAAUAAAAUAGCUCAGUCCUCUUCAAAUCCAAAGCAGCUUCUGAAACCUUCUCGCAUAUUGAAGGGGGGACAGAAAAAUGAUCUACACUCAAAGCCUCAAAUUCUAACCGAGUCACUAGCCUGUAACAAAUUUGAUAAUGUUCCAAAAAAAAUUGAUCAAGGUAAUGAUCAGAACAUUAUUGAAGGUGAUGAAGGUAAGGAUCAGAACGUGGUGACCCAGUCUACCAAUAAAGUAGCCCAGCCCUCUUCAAAUCCAAAGCAGCUUUUGAAAUCUUCUCGCAUGUUGAAGGAUGGACAGAAAAAUGAUCUACACUCGAAGACUCAAAUUCUAACCGAGUCACUAGCCUUUAACAAAUCUGAUAAUGUUCCAAAAAAAAUUGAUCAAGGUCAUGAUCAGAGUAUUAUUUCAAAAAACAAACUAAAACAAAGUCGUAAAGAAAACGCGGCAGAAGAUAACUUCAUGACUUCUAAGGUGGAGAAAAAAACAUUUCCAUCUUUUGAAUCUUUUAUAAUAGAGGAAGAAGAAGGUUCAGGUGGUUAUGGCAUUGUUUACCGUGCUCAUAGAACAGCUGAUGGAAAAAGACUUGCUAUAAAAUGUCCUCAUAGCAAUGCUCAUAAAAACCAUGUAAAUAAUGAGCGGAAUAUGCUUGAGCGUUUUGGGGGUAAAAACUGUAUUAUAAAGUUUGAAGGUUCUUUCAAAAGUGGCAACAGUGACUGCUUUGUUUUAGAACAUGUUGAGCAUGAGAGACCUGAGGUUUUGAAAAAAGAAAUUGAUAUCUGUGAGCUUCAGUGGUAUGGGUUUUGCAUGUUCAAGGCACUUGCGUGCUUGCACAAAGAGGGAGUCGUACACAGAGAUGUUAAACCUGGAAACUUCCUUUUCUCUCGAAAGCUAAAGAAAGGCUACCUUAUUGACUUCAACCUUGCCAUGGAUUUAAAGCAAAAGUACAACAUCGGAAGUAAAUCAAAACCAAGGCUUGAUGCAUCAAGUAAUAUUCCUCUCCCUUCUGGUCCUUCCCCAGUGGUCCAAGACAAGAAUCUUGGAGGAAUCAAGUCUCUAACAUCCAAUAAAAGGGAAUUGCCAGAUCUGGCAGAUCGUAGGAAAUAUUAUGAAAUUCGUAAGCAUAUGAAAACAAAAGCUGAUGCUAGUCAUCUGAAAAAUUGUCCUGAUAAGGCUGUUGCAAAUUUACGUAGAGCACAAGGAGCAGAUGGCUCGGGUAUAACCUCUGCCAGAGAUGUUACUAGCACUAAGACUGCUUCUGCCGAUAGGCUCCGUGAACCCAUACCUUUCAAAGGAAGAAAGGAGCUUAUCAGCCUAGUGCAGAAUUCUAUGCAAUGUGCAAACAAUAGUUCAAUGAAAAGUCCUUCUUCUCAGAGGAAAAGGGUUACUGCUCUUUCAGGCAAGGUAGAUGGCAGGACGCUUUAUCUUACGCCAAUGCCUAUACAUUCAUCUACGGUUGCUUUGGGGUUAUUAAGAAGCAAAGGGGACGGAAAACAUAAAAGAGAGGGUCCAUGUGUUGGAACAAAGGGUUUCCGUGCCCCAGAGGUUUUGUUCAGGUCUCAGUUUCAGGGACCUAAGGUUGAUAUUUGGUCGGCUGGAGUCACUCUACUAUACAUGCUGAUUGGGAAAACUUCUUUUCCUGGCGAACCAGAACAGAGUUUAAAAGAAAUUGCCAAAUUGCGGGGCAGUGAAGAGCUUUGGGAAGUGGCCAAGCUGCAUGACCGUGAAACAUCCUUUCCAGUGGAGUUAUUUGAUGACCGAUACUUGCAAUCAUAUGACAUAGAAACCUGGUGCAAGACGCACACAAAGAGACCAGAGUUUGUUGAUAAAGUCCCGAAAUCAUUGUUUGAUUUAAUAGAGAAGUGUCUAACAGUAAACCCAAGGAAUAGGAUUAGUGUUGAAGAUGUUCUCAGGCAUGAGUUUUUUGCCUCGUGUAAUGACAUCAUGAGAAAGACAAGGAUGCUUCAACGAGGUCUCGGCUUAGAAACUGCAGCAGAUUCAAGAGCAGUCUGAUAUCAGUUUCAUGAACUGCAGGUGUUGUAUUACAAUACUGUUUAACCUGAAGAGGGUCUACAAAAAAUAGUGUUUCCAUACAUUGAUAAAUGUAUAUACGACUAAUUGCAGAGAAACUGGCACAUAAUGUAAACUGUGGUUAGUUUAGAACUCAACAUUUUUUAAGGAGAACAUUUUCUUCGUAAAAA